AGCAAUAGAAAGAACAGAAGCAGGAGGAAUUUUCGAGUGCUCCACCAUGCUGGAUUGUCAAAGGGGGAUCUAUCUGAUCAGAAGCUAGAAAAGGAUUAGCAUGGCUAGUUUGUCAGCUGUCAUUAGAAGCAGAUGACAGAGGAGAUAAGCUGCUGUGUGUGCACGUCCUCACUCAGCAUGUGCUUUGGUUUACAUCAAGACAUAAUGUUGGUUUGGGUUAAUGGAGGGCUGUUAUUCUAAGGCAAUAAAUGUACUGCUAAUUGUCUUGGGCUGUUUUUUUGUUCUUUUUUUUAAAUUAAAAAAGCAAGUGUGAUGGAUGGGGAUUUUAUUUACAUCCCUCUCUAAAGGCACAGAAAAACUGAUGAGAUCUGCCUUGAACUGCAGCGGCUGUGGAAGAUUACAAGAUGUGUUUCUGAAGUGCUCUGACUUCAUAUUUGUUGCUGAUAUGUGUUCAAGAUGAGUGGGAUAGGAGAAAAUUCCUCUGACCCAUCCAGGGCAGAGUCAAGAAAGCGCAAGGAAUGCCCUGAUCAGCUUGGACCCAGCCCUAAAAGAAGCACUGAGAAACGUAAUCGUGAGCAGGAGAAUAAAUACAUAGAAGAACUUGCAGAGCUGAUUUUUGCAAAUUUUAAUGAUAUUGACAACUUCAACUUUAAACCUGACAAAUGUGCAAUCUUGAAAGAAACUGUGAAGCAAAUUCGUCAGAUAAAAGAACAAGAAAAAGCAGCAGCGGCCAAUGAAGAUGAAGUACAAAAAGCGGAUGUAUCAUCUACAGGUCAGAGUGUCAUCGACAAGGAUGCACUUGGACCAAUGAUGCUUGAGGCCCUAGAUGGGUUCUUCUUUGUAGUGAACCUAGAAGGGAACAUUGUGUUUGUUUCUGAGAAUGUGACACAAUACCUAAGAUACAACCAAGAAGAGCUGAUGAACACAAGUGUAUACAGCAUCCUGCAUGUAGGGGACCACAAUGAAUUUGUCAGAAACCUGCUGCCAAAAUCUUUAGUGAAUGGGGGACCUUGGUCUGGUGAAGCCCCUAGGCGCAACAGCCAUACUUUUAAUUGUCGGAUGCUGGUAAAACCUUUAACUGAUGCUGAAGAGGGCCCUGAUAACCAGGAAGCACAUCAGAAAUAUGAAACUAUGCAGUGCUUUGCUGUUUCUCAACCAAAGUCCAUCAAGGAAGAUGGUGAAGAUUUACAGUCUUGCUUGAUUUGUGUGGCAAGAAGAAUUCCAAUGAAGGAAAGGCCAGUUCCUCCCUCAUCAGAGAGCUUUUCUACUCGCCAAGAUCUGCAAGGCAAGAUAACUUCACUAGACACUAGCACCAUGCGAGCAGCCAUGAAACCUGGCUGGGAGGAUUUGGUGAGAAGAUGCAUUCAGAGAUUCCAUGCACAGCAUGAGGGAGAGAUAUCUUUUGCCAAGAGGCAUCAUCAGGAAGUGCUGAGGCAGGGACUAGCAUUCAGUUCUGUCUAUCGAUUUUCCUUGUCUGAUGGCACUAUAGUUGCUGCCCAAACGAAGAGCAAGCUCAUCCGUUCUCAGACUACUAGUGAACCUCAGCUUGUAAUAUCCUUGCAUAUGCUUCACAGAGAGCAAAAUGUCUGUGGAAUGAAUCAGGAUUUGACUGGACAAGCAAUGGGGAAGACAUUGAACCCAAUUAGCUCCAGCAGCCCUGCCCAUCAGGCCAUGUGCAGUGGGAACCCAGGUCAGGAUAUGACCAUCAGUAGCAAUAUAAAUUUUGCCAUAAAUGGCCCAAAGGAACAAAUGGGCACGCCAGCAGGCAGGUUUAGUGGUUCAGGGGGAAUGAACCAUGUGUCAAGCAUACAAGCAUCCACUCCUCAGGGUAGUAACUAUGCACUAAAAAUGAAUAGUCCCUCACAAAGCAGCCCUGGUAUGAACCCAGGGCAGCCAAACUCUAUGCUUUCCCCAAGGCAUCGUGUGAGUCCUGGAGUGGCAGGAAGUCCUCGCAUUCCGCACAGUCAGUUUUCCCCUGCGGGAAGCUUGCACUCACCUUGCAGCAGCACAGGAAAUAGCCAUAGUUACACCAACAGUUCCCUAAAUGCACUUCAAGCCCUCAGUGAGGGCCAUGGAGUUUCUCUAGGGUCAUCGUUGGCUUCACCUGACCUAAAAAUGGGUAAUUUACAAAAUUCCCCUGUGACUAUGAAUCCUCCCCAGCUGAGCAAAAUGGGAAGCCUGGACUCUAAAGACUGUUUUGGACUUUAUGGGGAGCAAUCAGAAGGUACAACUGGACAAACAGAGAGCAGCUGCCAUUCAGGAGAACAGAAAGACAGUAAUGAUAACAAUGUGCCCCAGGUUAUCAGUGGUGAGAGGCCUGAUGGACAGAACAGACUGCAUGAUGGCAAAAGCCAGACAAAGCUCUUACAGCUGCUGACCACCAAAUCUGAUCAGAUGGAGCCUUCACCCUUGUCAAAUUCUAUGGGAGAUGCUAACAAGGACUCCACCGGAAGCUUAUCUGGUUCUGGUUCAGCACAUGGAACCUCGCUCAAGGAGAAGCAUAAAAUUUUGCACAGACUCUUGCAGGACAGCAGUUCUCCUGUAGACUUGGCCAAGCUUACAGCAGAGGCCACAGGCAAAGAACUGAACCAGGAGUCCAAUAGCACAGCUCCUGGUUCAGAGGUGACUGUUAAACAGGAACCAGUGAGUCCCAAGAAGAAAGAAAAUGCACUACUUCGUUACUUGCUAGAUAAAGAUGAUACUAAAGAUAUUGGUUUACCGGACGUAACCCCAAAACUGGAGCGGUUGGACAGUAAAACAGACCCUUCCAGUAGCACAAAGUUAGUAGCUAUGAAGACAGAAAAGGAGGAGAUAAACUUUGAGCCUAAUGAACAGUGUGAUGAUGAUUGUCUUAGCCAUAUGCUAUUAAGUGGCCUGCUAUUCCAAUUUAAGCAAUUAUGGGAGCCGGGAAGUGAGUUGGAUAACUUGGAGGAGAUUCUGGAUGAUUUACAGAAUAGUCAGUUACCACAGCUUUUUCCAGAUACCCGGCCCGGGGCUGCAGCUGGAUCAGUCGACAAGCAAGCCAUCAUCAAUGACCUCAUGCAGCUUACAGGUGAAAACAGCCCUGGCACGUCUGUUGGAACCCAGAAACCAGCAAUGAGGAUUUCACAGAGCACUUUUAAUAACCCACGGACAGGGCAACUGGGCAGGUUAUUACCAAACCAGAAUUUACCACUCGACAUCACAUUGCAAAACCCAUCAGGUUCAGGACCUUUCCCACCAAUAAGAAACAGUAGUCCAUAUUCAGUGAUACCUCAGCCAGGAAUGAUGGGCAGUCAAGGGAUGAUAGGAAAUCAAGGAACUCUAGGGAACAAUAGCACGGGAAUGGUUGGUGGUAAUACCCCUCGGCCUGCCAUGCCAUCUGGAGACUGGGGUGCCCAGGGUUCUGCUGUGAGAGUAACCUGUGCUGCUACAACCAGUGCCAUGAACAGGCCAAUCCAAGGAGGUAUGAUACGUAAUCCAACAGCCAGCAUUCCUAUGAGACCCAGCAGCCAGCCAGGCCCAAGACAGAUGCUUCAGUCUCAGGUCAUGAAUAUGGGGCCAUCUGAACUGGAGAUGAAUAUGGGGGGACCUCAAUACAGCCAACAGCAAGCUCCUCCGAAUCAGACCGCACCGUGGCCGGACAGCAUCUUGCCUAUAGAUCAGACGUCUUUUGGUAAUCAGAAUAGGCAACCAUUUGGCAGCUCACCAGAUGACUUGCUGUGCCAUCAUCCUUCAUCAGAGUCACCAAGUGAUGAGGGAACUCUCCUGGAUCAGCUUUAUUUGGCACUAAGGAAUUUUGAUGGUCUAGAAGAAAUUGAUAGGGCUCUCGGAAUACCAGAACUGGUUAGCCAGAGCCAAGCUGUAGAUCCAGAGCCAUUCUCAAGUCAGGAAUCCAACAUCAUAAUAGAACAAAAGGCACCAGUUUUCACUCAACAGUAUGCAUCUCAGGCUCAAAUGGCCCAGGGUAGUUAUACACCCAUGCAGGACCCAAACUUUCACCCAAUAGGACAGCGGCCUGGUUACGCAACACUGCGUAUGCAACCUCGGCCUGGUCUCAGGCCUACUGGUAUAGUGCAGAACCAGCCAAAUCAGCUGAGACUUCAGCUUCAACAUAGACUCCAAGCACAGCAGAAUCGCCAGCCACUGAUCAAUCAAAUCAGCAGCGUCUCCAAUAUGAACCUGUCUCUGAGACCUGGAGUACCCACACAGGCACCUAUCAAUGCACAGAUGCUGGCCCAGAGGCAGAGGGAGAUACUGAGCCAGCACUUGAGGCAACGACAGAUACAUCAGCAACAGCAGGUGCAACAGCGGACUCUGAUGAUGCGAGGACAGAGUUUGAAUAUUUCACCAAGCAUGGUGGCCUCUGCUGGCAUACCAGCAACCAUGAGCAACCCACGGAUUCCGCAGGCAAACGCACAGCAAUUUCCAUUUCCUCCAAACUAUGGAAUAAGUCAACAACCUGAUCCAGGUUUCACAGGGGCUACCACUCCCCAGAGUCCACUGAUGUCCCCAAGAAUGGCUCAUACCCAGAGUCCUAUGAUACAGCAGUCUCAGGCUACUCCUGCCUACCAGUCCUCUACAGAGAUGAAUGGGUGGGCACAAGGGAAUAUGGGUGGAAACAGCAUGUUUUCACAACAGUCCCCUCCACAUUUUGGGCAGCAAGCAAACACCAGCAUGUACAAUAACAACAUGAACAUCAGUGUAUCCAUGGCAACCAACACAAGUGGCAUGAACAACAUGAACCAGAUGCCAGGGCAGAUCAGCAUGACCUCAGCGACCUCUGUGCCUACAUCAGGGUUGUCCUCCAUGGGUCCUGAGCAGGUUAAUGAUCCUGCUAUGAGGGGAGGCAAUCUUUUUCCAAACCAGCUGCCUGGAAUGGAUAUGAUAAAGCAGGAGGGAGAUGCAUCUCGGAAAUAUUGCUGACCUUGACGUUUGCUGGUUGCUCCUUUCUUCAGCUGCCUGGGCUCACCUGCCCAAAACACUUACCAGUCUGAAGACCUGCAUCGAUUUGUUUUGACCCAACUGACCUGCCAGCCAGUUCCACUGGAGCAAGCUCAGCUAAACGCUGCAGACAGGAUUCAGCUCUGCCUUCCAGAGUGGAGUCAAAACAGUUGUUGCUGGAAGAGCAGCCUCUUCUCUGACAGUCUGAAGCUAGCGUACAGACAGUUGCUCAGUCUGUUCACUGCAUUCACCUUAGUGCAACUUAGAUCUCUCCUGCGAAGUAAAUGUUGACAGGCAAUUUUCAUAAACCAUGUCAGAUUGAAUGUAUUUAAAUGUAUGUAUUUAAGGAAAAACAACCAUGCUCUUGUUCUGUUCCUGUUUAAUUCUGGACCUUGGUUUCUUGCUUUUUGUUUUCCCUAGCUACUCAGUCUGGUGCAAAGGAUUCAAUUCCAUCUGAAAAUCAGUGUUUUGAACUAAGGCCUGCAUUUUGGGGUGGGGAAUGGGUUGGAUGCUAGUGAGCGGUGUGGGCAAUGUAUGGAGAAUAAACAGCUAAUCAAUUGGUUUGAUUUAGGAAAAGAUAGAAAAGAUGGACCUUUGUAGAAAACUAUACAGAGCAAUUUUGAAUGGGUUUAAAGUUGUAAAACAGGCUAAAAAUAUCCCGUGAGAGGGCUGUUCAUUAGGGGCUUUUUUGGUGGUGGUUUUAAAAAAAAAAUUAUAGUGCAAAUCAUGAAUCCAAAAAUAUAAAUGCAUUACCUUUUUAUGGAAUUAAAUUCCUGCCUGCCUGCCUCUCCUGGUCCUCUUUUCCUCCUCCUCUUCUUCUAAUAGGAUAAAAGAACAGGUAAGCCCUUCAUUUCCCAGGUUUGUUACCUGCAGUUUAGGUUGUACGUAACCAGUUGUUGAACAAUGAAUUCCAAUGAGAAUGCAUUUAUUGGUGAUGGUAGUGGCAGAACUGGGGCAUAAUAUCAAAAAGAACUACAGGCACCUGCUUUAAAAUAUGUUAAUUUCCAUUCCCCAUCCCUUUAGCUGGGAAAAUAAUUAUUUGUUUAAAAUUUAUGGCAGAUAUCACUACAGAUUUAACCAUCAUGCGUUUUUAAUUCUUUUAAAGCAGUGUGGACUAUGAGGAAGUUUCGUAAGGUACAUAAAAUCCACUUUAUAUGUAAACAAGCAAUAAUUUAAGUUGAGAACUUAAGUGUUUUAAUUGUAUAAUUUUUUGUGAGGUAUACAUGUUGUGGAGUUGAUUCCAAAUGAGGUACUUCAGUAUUAAAUUAGAUAUCUUCAUAGCCGUGUGUGUCUCCUGAAAAAGUGUUUUGUAAAGGAUCACAAUGCCUUGAUUAGACCUAAUUUGUAGGCUUGAGACUUUUCAACUUGUGAUUCUGCUCAUAAAGUCAUUUAUCUAACCUAUAUUAUAUGCAGCCACUGUAGGAACCAAUUCUUGAUUUUUUUGUAUGUUUAUAUUCUUUCUUAAUGAAUCUUAGAGAAACUGUUACUAAACAAGCCACUCUUAAGGUGGCUUUUUUUCUUGCCCACUGUGGUUGGAAUAAUCUUUUACUAAACUGGCAUCAGUUUCUGAGGACUUGAAAUACCAAGAAAUUAACAACGUUUUUGACCUCCUAUUUCUCUCCUCUGACCCCCAAUCCACACUUUCUUAUCUGAAGUCAAAUUUUUUGAUGUCCUUUAAAAUGCAAUGCAUUUUAUAAUAUCUCAUCAGCCAUGCCUUUUUGGGAGUGGAAGGUUUCUUUCCCUGUAAUUUGAUUGAUUAUUAAUGGUGGAGGUUAAAAUGUACAAAGUAUCUGUUGAUCUCUAUACAAAGCCGAAGAAAGUAUGUUAAAAAUGAUUUGAAAGGGUUGUUUCCCAUGGAAGGAUUUUCCUGAAAAUCAAGGAAAUCUGCAAAUCCAUUUGUUUCCCACUCAGAGGGACUCAUAACACACAGGGAAACAGCAAUUUUCUGUAGUCACCAUUUUGUAUGUCAAACUCUAAAAGGAAAUAUUUAGUCAUCUGAGCCAUCGUGUUUAGCUCUGGUGGAAAACUUUAAAGUAAUUGUCAUUCUGAGCUCCAUAUUCUCAUUGAUAUGAUGACAUUUUUAUUAAAUAUACAUUAUAUACCUGAUUUAAAUUUAUUUAUAUAAGAAUUGUAUAAAUUAGAGGGACUUUAACUUCACACAACACAAAAUGUAAAUGGGUUUUAAACUAAUUUUGUUUGUAUUGUAUUCCUUUUCAAUGCUUGACCCUAGCUUCUUUGAAUAGAUUAAUCUUUUUCACUGUGGACAAAAUGGCUAGUUUAAAUUUGUCCCUAUUCAUGACAGAUCUGCAAACCUUUAUAUUUGAUUUUGUGAUUAUGAUACUUCAUUGCCCAUUGCCAUUUUAAAAGGAAGGAGAUUACUUACCUUACCUAUUACUUUGGCUCAGAAUUAGGUUCUGGUGUUUUGAGUUUUUGACUAGCUGAUUAAAAAGAAAAGUGAGUGAAGGAAUCUUCAGAUCAUAUUGAUCACUGUAGAAACAAAAAUAAAUAGCCAAAUCAAUCCCCUUCAUUGUCAGUAUUUCUCAUUCUGUACACAGUAAAUUUGUUGGAGAAAGUGCUUGGAUUUUGUUAAACAGAACAAAUAAUCAGUGUUCUACUUAUAUUACUAAAUGUGAAAGGCACAUAAUGUGAAAAGUAUACAUACAUAAACUUUGUCAUAUGACCCAUUCAAGUGUUCAUGUAAUGUGGUAAGUUUAAAAAGUGAAGUGAGCUGUUUUGCUACAAUGAAUUAAUUUGUACUCAAAGUUUAAAGUUUCAUCCCAUACCAAUUUCCCUUUUGGCCUGUAUUAAUUGAAAGCAAUGUUUUUGCAGUUUAUAUAAUGCAUUUUUUAAUAUAUGUUUUAAAAUGGAGUUCAUAUGGGCUUAACACGUGAAAUGGGUGGCACAGCUCCACUUGCAAAACCCAAAGAUACACAAUCAGUUUUGAAAUGCAACUUAAGCCAUUAAUUGUUGGUGUGAAUUUCAAGUUUUCUAGUAUUUGUAUGGUAGUAUGCUGCCGAAGAGCAAAAGCAUUCUCUGCACAAAAGAAAAUUACUGUAGUGGCUUUGAUUUUAAUUAGAAUUUUCUCCCUGGUGUUUCUUUGUAGACUAAAACAAAAUCUUUUCAGUUUCUUACUACAGGUAAAGCUAUGUGCAAGAACCUCAAAAUGCUAAAAUCUAGCAUAAUGCCUUAGAUCGGUUUUUAAGUCUUGUAUAUUCCUACCUAGCUGUCUGAUGUAUUAUAUUUGUAUAGUGAAUUGUGUACAAUUUUGGAAUAAGUGUAUCAUCACUUACCUUUAUGUUGCUGAAUAGAGAUGGACACAUUUUUUCAAACAUUUACUGUCAUUUAAUUUUUUUCCCCUUUUUGUCAGUUGUGGGUUUUAUUUGUACAGUUCCCCAUCAAGUUGCAUCUGAGAUGUGUGUAUAUGAAAAGAUUAUACAAGGGUAAAAUUAAGCAAUAUAUAAACUAUGGUUCUUCAGGAGAAAGCUUACAGUGUUUCAGGUUGUGAUUUAUUUUCAAAGCGGAGUUGACUCUGAACAUCACCUUGUUCACCUGCAUUGAUGUUUGUAUUUCUAGUGUGAGCAGUUUAUGCAAAGGUAGAUAUAUUCAGAGAAAUUUUAAAUACAUUUAUGCAAGUUAAUAUUGCUUUGCUGAUGCUAUUGGCUUAUUUGAUGUUAAAUAAUGCUAUUGUAAAUAAAGAAUUCUGUUGUUAUUGCAUCAUUUAAUAAAUUUUAAUGCCUUCGGGUUUUACAUGGCUUUAGAGAUUUCAA